ACCGCCUUCCCGAAUGUCGAGACCGCCUUCUCGAAUGUCGAGACCGCCUACCCGCAUGUCGAGACCGCCUUCCGGAAUGUCGAGACCGCCUUCCCGAAUGUCGAGACCGCCGUCUGGAAUGUCGAGACCGCCUUCCCGAAUGUCGAGACCGCCGUCUCGACCUUACUAGUCGAGACCGCCUUCCCGAAUGA